AUGGUUAUGGAGAAAUCAAUUUCAAUUCAGAAAACCGAUCUCAGAAAACUCAAUAACAGAAAUACAAAUAAAACAAAAAACCGAGGACUGAUGAGGCUGUCAAUCGAUUUCAAUUAUACGAAUCGGUUUUCAAGGGAAAAGAAGAAGAACAUUCGAUCUAUUUACAGAGAAUCUAUUUUCAGGGAAAAAAAACUUACCUGCAACAUGAGGCCGUCGUCGCUGGCGGUGCUAGCGGAGGCUGUCGGAGGUGGUGAAUGCUGUCGGAGAAGGGUCAAUUUUGUUGGAGCUUAG